AAGCAAACUGUUACCGGAUAAUUAUUUAGAGGGUGUCUUAUCAACCGUGACACCGUUAUUGCCAAAAUAAAGAAAUGGCUAAAACUUGAAACGAUUUCCUUCCAACGCUGAAUAUUUUUAUUUUCAAGAGGAAUGGAAGAAGAAGCAAAUGAAGAUAAUGAAGGUGAGAUUUGCAUCGUGUCUGGAAGAAAAAAGCUCAUCUGUACCUGCCCUGAUUGCCUUAGAAACCGGCGGCUGUCCAAGAGCAAAGAUUUGCCAUCAUCUCAGCCUUGUAUGAAGCGUCCGGGCGAUGAAAGUUGCAAACCACAGUUCAAUUCCCAGACACUAUCAGCGUGUAAAUGGAACGGCAGCGAUGAGUAUGAACCUUUUGAGAAAAAAUCUAAACUUUCUGAUUCCAAGAGCAAAGACCAAAGAAAAUUGCUGCCCACAAAAUUUGCUGCUGAGAAAUUUGACUCAGGUGAAGUCGUAACAACGUCAACAACGCAAGGUGUUUCUGAUUUAUCAAAGAACAAAAACCAAACAACAUCAUGUCGUGGCGGCGCUGUAAUAGACAUUUCCGAUGAAUCGACCAUUUCCACUAACAGUGAUUCUGAUUGUACUCUGCCGAAUUUAACGCCACCUAUGUCAGAUGAAGAAAAUGACAGAGAUGAAACGACACUCGUUAACAGUUCUCCUGGCAUUUCUGGUGACGACAAAAGUUCUGAAAUAAUUGACAUUACCGAAAAUAAUCCAGAUUCCGAAGUAUUGUUUAAUUACUCUCAGGAAGAUGCAAUUAUUCUUAUUUCUGAUGAUGAUGACGAUGAAGAAGUCGGUGACGGAGAAUAUGAUGAUGAUGAUGAUGAUGAUGAUGAAGAAGAGGAGGAUGUUGACAGAAGAAGAAGAGGAAUGGAUGGAGAGUCUUCAAAGAAACCUCAUCACCGAAAUAAUAUCGGCUUUGUCAACUUCAAUGCGGAGUUUACCAGAGAAGAAUCAAAAUUCUAUCAAGGGAUUAAAAAGGAAACUCCUGAUUCUUGGGCAGAUUAUGGCAUUGAUGCCUCGACUAAACACAAAAUAAAGAAAGAAGUAGAAGAAGAAGAAGCUGAAGAACAUUCCAGAAAUUCUGAGAAUAGUAAAGUCAAUUCGAUAACGUUUGCUAUGCCAUCAGUAAAACUUGAACCGAAUUCAAGUGAUGAAGAAGCUGGAAAAGCCAUACAGAAUCCUGAAAAUACCCAGUUAUGUCUUCAGGUAGAUAUAAAACAAGAGAAAUCAGACUCUCAAGACUCUGAUAUUCUAUUUGAAGAAUUGGAAGAAUCCACAAAACCAAACCCCAUUGUUGCAAAGGAUAAACAGGAUGACCCAUCAGGGGACAAACGCAUGGAGCCUACAAUAGUUCCUUUAAAACGUAAAGUAUGUUCGAACAGAUUUUCAUCCUCCACAAGUGAUGAUGAUGAUGAUGAUGAUACGCAGUGUUAUCCUUUGAAAACUUCUAAGGUUACCAAGACAGUUAGUCAGUGGUUAACGAAACAGGGCGAUCAAGGAAAAUCCCUUACAAAACCCCCUGUAUCUAGUGUUGUGGCUUUUGAUGACGAUAGUGAUGCUGGACUCAGUGAUGACGGAGAUGAUGAUGAAUUGUAUAUGUGUGCUACUCAGGUUGAAGAAAAUUUAUUCAAAGAAGGACAACUGAAUAAGAAAGGGAAAAAGGAAAGUCCGGAAAUAAGUCGACGUUCCAAACAAUCGGAAAAAACACCAAAGCCUUCGACAGCGCCAGAAUCACCAAAAUACUCAUCCAAGACGAUAGAAGACUUGGGAGAGAGCUCUUCCAAGACUGCAAGGGACUCCUUAACACCAGUCCUUGCCAAAAAAUUAUUUGGUAACGCCAACACGUCCACACCGCAUCCGUUACUGGUUACAGAGGAAACCAAAGUCAAACUUCGGAUACCUCGUUGGAAAAACACUGAGGAAGAUUCUGACAGCGAUAGUAGCAUUUACUCAGUGGCUACACAGGUUGAUCAUAAUAUAUCUUUAGUUAAUGAAAAUGAUGCAGAUAACGACAGUGAUGAUGAUGAUGGUAGGUUAUAUAUGCAAAACACUCAGGUUGAUUCUGUGUCGAGAAAAGGCAAUUUUAAAUCUAAAAAGUCAUUUUAUGCUUCAUCCAAAUGUAAAAAGUUACUAAAUAGGAAUGAUAAUGAUUCUGAUAGUGAUGACAGCCAGUUUUCGGUAGCAACCCAAGUCGAUUCCAACAUUGUUCCAAAGACUGGGCAUCAAAUGAAGAAUAGUUCUUUAUUUCCCAAAGUGUCAACUUCUGUGAUAAAUAGCCGGCAGGUUCCUAGAACAAAAGAAAGUGAGUUUAAAACACCGAAAUUUCCUCAUCGGAAAAAAACAACAAAAGGUAUUCCGCCUGAUGCCUAUUUUAACAAAGCAGUGACCCCUACUUCCAUUCAACAUUCAAAUACUUCUUAUAAAGAUGAUGAAGACUCGGAUAGCGAUAGCAGUGUGUUUUCGAUAGCUACUCAGAUAGAUAAUGCUUUACCUACUCAAGUUGACAAAAAUGCCGGAACAGAAUUUCCUUCACCUAAAGCUAACAGCUUCAAAAUUCCUCUGCUACCAACAAAAAAGUUAUGCAAGCCCUCAACCCUAAAACUGGAUAUUCGACAUUGUAAAGAGAGAAGCGAGGAUUAUGAUAGUGAUGACAGUUCAUUUUCUGUAGCGACCCAGGUUGAUGAUCCGUGGCCUUUAAACAUCAACAAUGAAGAACAGGAAGAAUUUUACAUGAAGGAAACCCAGGCGGAUGAACCAUUUACAUCCAAGAGUUCUAAAAGUCAACAUUACCUAAAGCCAAAGCCACCCAGAAAGAAUUCGACUUCAAAGCCAAAAGCCGACAAUGAUGAUGACGGCCUGUUUUUGGCAGCGACACAAGUGGAUUCGGUUAAUUCUAGUGAAGCUGCUACUCAAGCCACAGGCUCUUCUUAUAAUAAUUUUCUUUUAGGUCUUGCGGCAACGGAACCUAGCGGCGUUGGAACGGUAAGCAGCUCUGUUACACCACAACAAAUUGAACGUGAGGAAAAAGAGGAGCAACAGUCUGAUCCCAAGUUUGCUGACUUUCUGUUAAAUUUGUGCGAGGAUACUGACCGAAAUAAAUCAGCGUGUCCCAAGUCUCUUGGAAAAGCAUCUGAGAUUGAACCUCAAAGGCUGAAAUCCAGAAAGGAAAUACGUGAGAACUUCAAACAACAGAAAAUGAAAAUGGAUAAUAAAAGCAAACUUAGGAGUCCCGAAAAGUCGCCUACGAAUUUGUUCUACCCUACCGUUCUUUCAAUCAAAGACUCGGCUCCGCCAAAGAAGAAGAGGCCAUCAUCAAAGAACUCGAAUGUGAUAAAAGAAGGCAUCAGCAGCGCAAAGAACCAACUUGAAGGGCGAUUCUUCUUUAAGAGUUUGGACAAAACUCCAGCCAAGUGGACCAAAAGUUCCUCUGUUGCAGUUGGUUCGUCAGCUUCGCUCAGCUCGGACGUCACCUUACCUAAUGCCGACGAAAUUAAAAAACUGGGUCUUCCUCUCAUAGAAACGCCGAAACGACGCCGGCCACUGCCAGAGACUGUUAUCAAAAAUCAUCCUGAAGAAAGCCAGGACAUCAGACGACCUUCUUCCCCCGUUAUAGAUACCGCCACUCCUGGCAGCUCCACCCGGAACAGACCUCCUCCUACUCCUCCGACCCCUCCUACUCCUUCGACCCCUCCUACUCCUCCGACCCCUCCUAUCCCUCUCGGUCCCACACUUACAAACAACCCGAAAACGAACUACAGUUGCAACAGUAGCGGCAGUAGUAAAAUUUCUCACUCCAAACAUGGCCCUCCCAGCUCCACACCAUCACUGAAACCAUUACCACUCUUUGAAAACAGCAACAAAUGUUUCGCUAAGGAUUUCAAUUCAUUCCACAUCCCCAAAAUCAAAAAUCCUUCUCAGAAACUAAACCCCGAUUCCACACAAGCAACCCCUACUACAUCAUUGCCACACAAAUCCAGUUAUUCGAUUCCUAAACAAACAUUUCCUCCAGAGGUCCCAAAAUGUGCUCCUUCAUAUCCCAAAUCCUCACUCAGCCAUUCGUAUCCAAACACUAACCAAUCCACCUCAAAUACAAACCCCUCAAAAAGAGUUACUUUCUCCAAUGUAAAUAAGGUUGAGGUAUUCCAGCAACCUCAUUGGUCAAGAUCCAACCAACAGGAGGCGCAUACAGACCUACUCAAGUAUUUACUUCGGUGGAACACCAAGUGGUUACAAGAACAAGACACGCUAAAAACAUCUCCGCCAAUCGUCUCCAAAGAUCAACUGUUUCCUCUCCUGCAGAGCUACCCGUCCUACACAGAGUAUGUCAGUGUCAUCCGGCCCCUGCUCUUGUUAGAAAUCUGGGAAUGUGUGUAUCGGGAAUAUAUGGAGACUAUGUUGAAAGCCCGCAUUUUAAAAGUGGCCUGCAAUAAUAUCCGCAAAGCCAGCCCUAGUCAUGCGGAUUACAUCGUCUACGGCAUUGUACCAGAAAUGGAACAGAUCUCCAACAACUGUAUAUCAGAGGGAGACUUUAUCAUCUUGAAACUUCGAGUGAAGAAUUCGACAAGUCAGAGUAACAGCAGCAGCAGCAGUGGUAACCAUGGAGACUCCAGCAUCACAAGUGAAUACCCAGUCUUUGGGUUUGUGGAUAGUGUCUCUUUCCAAAAACCUCACUAUUGCAACGGCAUUUUGGAUAGAUUCCCUGAUCUUGCUUCCUGGGCGAAAACCAUUCGGAAUUUCAGAAUAUUCCGUGCCAUCAUUAAGUGUCACUAUCGGAACCUUACCCAUUGUUUUUCACAACUGUUGGAAGUUCAGUUUUUGACAUCCUUAAUUCCAUUCCUCCGCCAAUAUAAAGCUCUGACGAAGUUCGUCUCGAACCCUUUACAUCCUCACAUUCUAAACCCUGCAGAUGGCACGGCGCUAGUCACUGAUUCUGCUAUUCCUGUCAAUGGCAACUAUAAUACUUCCCAGAAGAAAGCCAUCAGUGCGGCUGCGGAAAUGGCAUGCUUACCCAUCUCAAAACCUAAUUACUGCUUGGUUCAGGGACCUCCUGGUACUGGAAAGUCUCAUACUAUCAUUGGAAUGAUACAGAAAAUCAAAGAACAGAAGCCCCAGAGUAAGAUCCUGCUGUGUGCCCCUUCAAAUGGGGCUGUGGAUGAGUUAAUGCGACGCUUGAUUGAAAACAGACAAAAGGCUCAAGCGAAGUCCAAAGUGCCCUUAAAAUUCGUCCGUAUCGGAAACCCUAAAUAUAUUCACAACGAUGUUAUCGAAUACAGUAUGAAGAAACUUAUCCUGCGGAACUUCAAACCAAAUGGAGUGAAACAGUCCUGCAUGUUGGCAGAGAAAAAACAGUAUUGUAACGAACUAAAAUGGAACGAAGAGGAAAUCUGUAAAAUGAACAAACAACCAAGAGUUCAUUAAGGGAUGAGAAAAUUCGUAAAUUAAAAAAAGACUCAAGAUACAUCAAGGACAAGGUGGACUUACUCAAGAAACAACUAGAGAACAACCAAGCCGCAAUGAACAGUAUUGAACCCACACCUGCUGAGGAGGCAGCGAUGGAAAAAUCUUUAUUAAG